UUUUGACGGCGCAGUUUUGAGUGAAUUGUACUCGUGAGCGGUCAUGAAUUUAAUUGCAAGCGGAGUGUAUUCGAAAAUUUAUAACAAUAUAUAAUUCUUUAUGAAUAUCGGGCAGUAAAGAUACGAAUUAAACUAUUUGCCUACGAACGGUGCACAAUAAAAACGCAACGAAAAUUGGCGUUACUUUUGUGUAAUUUAUGAGGUAGUGCGAGGAGCAAAAGCGAUUUCGAUUGAAAUCCGUCUGCGUUGAGAAACGAAUCGCAAGUUUGCAGUAGUAAUUGCUAAAUAUUUUUUAAUGAUAAAUUAACACCUAACUCCAAGCUCAGCAGCAGCUGGUAGUGCACAAACCUUAACUAUAAUUAAGGUAGAGAAUAAUAUAGUGAAUGCAGCAGUGUAGUGUUUUUGUGAAUCAAGUGGAAAACAAUACAAAGUUUACAGCUAAACGUAGAUAAUUUCAAAGAUGCAAACAAAUAGAAGUGAAUCGUAUAUAAUAAUGUUUCAAAUGCAGAAUUAAUGUAAAGUGCAAUCUGAUAAAUUUAACAAAGUGUACAACAAAGUACGAAUGAAGUAAAGUGAAAGUGGAGAAUUGUGAUUUUGCAUUGUGACAAGUAGUUGUGAAGUUGAAUGGAAGCAACAAUUGAAAAGGCAAAACUAAAAGAUUUGUAACCCAGAAAAUACAACGUUGUAAAAUUGCGGAAACAUUUUCGUUCGUCUUCAAAUUGCUAAAGUGAUACAGUUUAUAAAAGCAUAAAAAUUGAGAUUUUGGCGCAAAAAGUGGACGUUCAAGGUUUUUCAUAAUAGCAGCAGUAAACAAGGUUGGUACUUCUAUUAUUCUUAUUAUCAUUGCUCCAGUGCUUUCCACUUGCUUGAUUCUUCAACAACAACAGAUGAUUACAAUAAUUUCACAAAUUAUACAUAUCUACCCAUACAAAGAUACAAAGUCGUACUUUGUAUGUGUGUUUGUUCGUCUACAAUCUUGGUCAGUCGUACAGAUUGUUAUCCGAAACGCCUUCAAGAUGCCAAAUGAAUUAGCAGUCGUAUUGUGCUUCAACAGGCCGAUGCCAUACAGAAACGCGUCCGAAUAGUUUGCAAUUAUAUAAAAAUGACUUAGAAAUACGCCAAAUCGUUUUGGGACGUCUGGAACUGAUUGAUAUUUAUUGCACGUACAGUGCAGUUGUGAUUGAAAGCGAAGAAGCACUGCGCAGCUCAUGGAAAAUGGUUUAGUGGACUCUUCAAAAAUCUACGCAUAAAGUAUCACAUAUCCCACUAUACUAGAUUUCCAACAACAAAUAUCUUCUGAUACUGCACACUUAUGUAUACUUAAUAGAUACAGUCUCCUUUAGAAAUCAAAAAAUACUCAUUUCUCGUGAACACAUACUCUAAGCACAAAUCGCCAAUAUGAAUUCCGUAAUCUCCGCGUUUAAAACGAAAAAGAAUUCCAGCAAUUCUGCCACCGCCAAUGACAAGUCCACUAAUAACGUCGGCACUCUGAACACCACCAGCUCCGCCAGUGCGAAGAAGAAGGCAAUUAAUGCACAGGAUAACGGUUAUCAGUAUCUGCGACACAUACGCGAAAUCGAAUCCGCCACCAAGAUGUUGUCGCCCGUGGUGGUGGUCGAUGACUUUCGGCCGCCCUGUGUCGAUGUGGUCGACCAUGCGCCCGCCACCGUACGUUUGGCAGCAGCUUUGGAUUCAACAUUACCAGCAGACUACAAUAUGAAUGGCGCUAAGUGUGCAAUGUUGAAUGGUGGCGCUGUUGCAAGUGGUGGCGAAAUGAUGGUGCGCGUGGGAAAUAUGAACGCCACUAACUUUGUAGCAAAUGUGGAGAAUGGCAAUUGCAGUGAAACACCCGCCAGCAAGACGAUGACAAACGGGCAGACGACUCAGAGUCCACCAACGCCCAGCAGUCCGGUGGCGCAGCUGCUCGACGCUGACGAUGACGAGUCAGAGCACUCGACGGCAGCAUGCACGAGUAGCUCCAGCGAGCAAAGCAACAGCACGGUGGUGCAUAGUCCAACGGGCUUACGUGUAGCGGGGACAACGGGUGCCAAAGUCGCAUCUACCGCACAAGCCAGCCCGGCAAAAAGUCUGCGCAGCAAUUCCUCAACAUCAUCCUCAUCCUCCACAUCCACCUGCACCUCCACCAACUCUGCCGCCAGCACAUCAGCAUCUUCAUCUAUUGCCGCCAUAUGCAAUUCCGGACCGAGUUCGUGCAGUUCGUCUACCAGCUGUGAUGCGUCUACGCUAGCCAACUCUUCGCCACACAAUUCCACAUUAACGUUGUCGUCGUCGACGGGCAGCGGCGCUAGUGUCGCAUCGGCUUCAUCUUCGCCCACAGAGCAGCUGAUCAGCGCCAAUGCAGCAGAUGCGGAUUAUGUGCCUGCGUUUCUGAAGUCAGCGCCCGUCACAUUGCCCAUCAUCAUGCCGAAUGGCAACAGCAGCUUGGCGUCGAUGCCGCUACACUACCACGGCUACGGCUUGAAUGGUGGUGGCGGUGCGGGUAUCGGUGUGUGCGGUGGCACACCCGUUAACUCGGCUUCCACGACGCCGAAGCACGUGCGUUAUCCAAAACCGCGUUUGAGUUUGAGUCGCUUCAUCAAUCAUUCGAUGCCGUCGGUGCACGGACGACCGAAUCUGAGUGUGGCAGGCGGCGCAGCAGCAGGCGGAGCCGGCGCGAGCGGUGCGGCGGGGACAAACCCGCCAAAGCGCAUUUCGACGCAUCAGCGGAAUUUGAGUUUGGACUUUAGGUCUAUGGGCAUUUUACUUCCACCCGUCUCACAAGUGACCAACACACGCAUCAAUUUAACACAACAUCAUCGCAAUCGCAGCCUGGACAGCGCCUUGCAGCGCAUACCGGAGGUUGAAGUGUCAUCGCCCAAUUCGGAGAGCGAGAAUACAUUCUGUACACCAUCCAUUCUGGGCACUACUAUGUGCUCGAAAAUCGUCACGACUGCAGCCAAUGUAACAGCCGCCCUCACAACCACCACAACACCAGCGCUGACGUCAUCAUUAACACCUUCGCCGCCAUCCUCGUUAUCGGCUACGCCUGCCAGAGUUUCGACCAUAACAGGUGGUUUAAUGGACACAGUGUCUGCUGCCCCAAUUGCAGCUAUGACCACAGAGCCCACAGCUAACAACAGCAACAGCAUAAGCAUUAACAACAUCGGCAGCGGCGUGUGCAACAGUAGUAUUGGUAUUGGUGGUGGUGGGGCCAUUGCGAUUGUCGAGUCCUGCCCAACGUUACGCAUUCGUCCUAAAUCGAGUGAAGCCACGACACGUUGUGGAGUGGUGCCGCUUGCAGGUGCGGCAUCGUGCAGUAAUCACAGCAACAACACCAGCAGCAACAACAGUAACGGCAGCAGUAGUAGCAGUAAAAAGCGUGAAGACCUCACCAGUCUCGGAUCCGAUGAUUCAGGCAUAAUUUGUGGUUCGGAUUCGGAUCAAAUUUCUCUCAAUCGCAUACGUCACUCACACGAAUCGCUGGACUCGGGUGAAAUGGACGCCGAGGAGGAAUGCAUUGACAUGCUCGAAACAACUUCUAUGGAUGAGGAAUAUGGUAUGCUACAGUCGGACUUGAUAUUUUACCCAUCCGGUGAAACAGACUGUCGAACGCUACGUCCAUCACGCAAGCAGAAACAACUUCAGCAACAACAAAACCAUGGCAAACACCUGCGCAGCGCCACUACCGAUGCGGAUAUAAUGGGCGCCGCUGAAGAUGACAGUGACGCAGACAUUGACGUCAAAGCAGCAGCACAACUGUCGGAACGUAUGCGCUAUCGCGAAUUGAACAUGUCACAGGCAGCACUGAAUUUGGAACGUGCGAACAAUGAUACACCUACCACGCUUAAUGUCGAUGUGGACACACCCACGGCUGAUACAGUGGAUGCGGCCACACCAGUAACGAUACAGCCGAACCUACUAUUAACUUCGACGAGCUCUACGAGUGGCGCUUUAACAACACAACCCAUACAGUCAGCGAAGACACAAAAAAUCGCAGAUGUGGCAGGAGCUGGCGCUACUGCUGAACCGCAGAAAAAGAGCUUCUUUGGUGCAACUAAGAAUGCUUUCUUCCGUACCGCACAAAGCAUCAGAGAUAAUCACGACAAAAAAAAUGCAGCAAAGAAUAAGAGCGAUGAAAACACUGGCAACACGGCUGCCAGCAUAGCUCCGGACCAAGUGAAAUCUCCAACAGAUAUAUCGAAGAAAAAAGAGUUCUUUAGCCUGAUAACAUCGAAUUCGAUAAAGAAAGCUGCCGCCGCGGCAGCUGCAGCUGCAGCUGCUGCUACUUCUGCGCAACCAUCUGCUUCCAAUACGCCAGCCGCCACUCCAUCAGCCGAUUCAACGCCAGUUGAGCCGAAAUAUCCAAAGUUUCCAUCUUUAGUGUCUUCCGCGAUAGAAAGUGUGGAGAAGAAAGCUUGUGCUGCUACAGAAGGUACGGAGAGAACACUUAAUCUCCCCCUUCCGGGUCUCGGCGCUUCCUCUUUGUCAACCUCUAUUGCCAAAUCGGCUUCCAUCUCUUCGUUAAACAAAUUAAAAGUUCCAGGUGUGGUAAAAUGCUUUAUCAAGGAGCGUCCGACCAACAACGAGCAAUUGCAAAAGACUGAAAAAGGCCCCAGUGGACUGCUAAGAUUCUUCGAAUCUCCCGUCUUCAACAUACACUUUGCUAUACACUAUCUAUUCUAUUCUAAAGAACCCGGUGUGCUCAGCUUUAUUGGUAAUAAGAUAUUCAGUUUCCCGGACCAAGAGGUAGACCUCUAUAUGCCACAGUUAAUUGUCAUGUACAUACAAAUGGAUGAAUUGGCCGAAGUGCUCGAUCCUUAUUUGACAAUACGUUGUCGCAAGUCGGUGGACUUCUCAUUGAAAUGCCUCUGGCUACUUGAAUCCUACAAUUAUCAAUUCGACUCACUAGGCAAUGGAUCACGAAAAUCGCAACUAGCCCUCAUGAAGGAAAUCUAUUCGAAGAAAGAACGUAAAGUAUUGAGUAAAUCGGACGGUAAGGAGCUGCCGCCAGCGGCAGGCGGUGCUGUGGCUGCCGCAGCCGUUUCACCGUUGACAAAAAAGACACACCAUCGUUCACAAUCUGACGCCACACUACUGUUAAGUGAUUCACGACGCCACCCCUCAUCCAUCGCACUAAGCAUAUCAAAUCGCCACUACCAACAGCCGCCAUACACAACGCAAACUCUGCCGCUGAUAUCACCCAAGUUGUGUUUAGGUGACUUGACCUCUGGGCGAGCCUUCGACAAUGGUUGCACCUGCUUCGACAGCGUACGCGGCCAGGUUAAUGGCCUGCUUGGCCAGAAAACCGUGUGCUCAUGCAACGCACCUAAAACUGCCCCGGAGAAAGAGUUCAUGAAAGCUCUGAUAAAUGUUGGGAAAAAUAUCACAUCGCUGCCGUCCAAGGCGGAAAAAACCUCAGCGCUACGCAUGUUUUUGAACCUGAUUAAUAAGAAUUUGCCGGCUCGUGUUUGGCUUCCGGUAUUUUCCGACAUUCCACAUCAUGUGGUGCGCAUAACAGAGGAAAAGACUGCGGUGCUCAACUCCAAAGAUAAGACGCCGUACAUAAUUUACGUCGAGGUGGUCGAGGUGCCCGAUAUUUAUUCAUCCCCUCUCAUACCGAAGAUGAUGCCAUCACUGCGACAUACGAAAAGCGAGGAGCACUUGGAAGGCGCCUGCAGCCAUCACCAUCAAAUGCAUCAGCACAAUCACGGCCACAACCAUGUGAGUUGUAGCCGCACAUCGAGUUGUAGCUCACAUGGUGGCGCUGCCAUUAGCGGUUCAAACUCGGGCUCCAGUUGUCGUCGUAAAAAGGAGAAACUGCUCUCCGAGUCAUCAUCCGUGGCUUCGGAUGCCCAAACUUCAGCAGCUGCUAACGGCGAUGGUGCACAUGUAUGCAACGCCCAGGCAAUAGGUCUCUCUCUCGGUGGCCUGCAUUUAACCGAAGACGAUGUGUGGUCGCAAGAGGACGACGAAAUAACGGCACAAUAUAUGCAUAUGCGAAAAUUAAGCGAACGAGAUGCGGUCUCUCAAAUGUCACUAGACUCCUGUGACUCAAGGGAUCAAGGCAUUCCUGUUCUUUUCAAUAUUGGCGAUGUGCGCACCCGCCACUGCAAUAACUUAACCUGCGAAAACACAAAAUCAUUCAACAAUGAUCCGGAAGAUCCCUCAGCGGCAGCCUUGAAGGAGCCCUGGCAUGAAAAGGAGCAACAGAUACGCGAAUCAUCGCCUUACGGCCAUCUGUCCAAUUGGCGUCUGCUCUCGGUAAUUGUGAAAUGUGGCGACGAUUUGCGGCAGGAGCUCAUGGCCACGCAACUUUUACAGAUGUUCAAAAUCAUUUGGCAAGAGGAAAACGUCGAUCUUUGGUUGCGACCGUACAAAAUUGUUUGCUUAUCCAGCGACAGCGGUCUAAUUGAACCCAUCCUGAACACGGUGUCACUGCAUCAAAUCAAAAAGAAUUCUAAUAAAUCGUUACGCGAUUAUUUCAUCGACGAGUAUGGCUCAGCAGAUGGCGAACUAUUCCGUGCGGCACAAAAGAACUUCGUGCAAAGUUGUGCUGCUUACUGUUUGAUAUCGUAUUUGCUGCAAGUGAAGGAUCGGCACAAUGGCAACAUUUUGCUACAUUCAGACGGUCACAUCAUACAUAUAGACUUUGGAUUCAUACUGAGCAUAUCGCCGAAAAAUUUGGGUUUUGAGCAAUCUCCAUUUAAACUGACACCCGAAUUCGUUGACGUCAUGGGCGGCACUAAUUCAGACCUGUGGAAGGAGUUCAAUCACUUAUUGCUUGUUGGCAUGAUGUCUGCGCGCAAACACAUGGAUCGAAUCAUAAAUUUUGUGGAAAUAAUGCGUAGCAAUGCACAAUUGCCGUGCUUCAAAAACGGCUGCUCCGGCACCGUACAGAAUCUCCGAAAACGUUUCCACAUGAAUUUGACCGAACAGGAAAUGGAGCGCAAAGUAGAGCAACUCGUACAGGACUCACUCAAGAGCCUCUCCACCAAGUUAUACGAUGGCUAUCAAUACUAUACGAAUGGCAUAUUGUGAGAAAGGUUUUUCAUGAAAAUUUAAAGCGAGACUAACAUGAAACACCACACGCUUGCUACUGCGUAAGCUGAGUUGCAGUUGAAGCAUAUUUACAUACAAACAAAUAUAUAAAUGUCAAGUGAGCGAAUGGAUAGUGCAUGGCGCUGGGCAGCGUUGAGAACGGCGGCCAAGCCGUCGCAGUUGUGUUGGGUAGCAGUGGCUGCCUUACACUAUUGUUUUGUAUGUAUUCCUUAUGUGUAUUUUGUGUUGAUAGUUUUUAUAAAGAGAAAAAAGAAAUCAAAACAAGAAUGUGUCGUUGCGACUGACAAAUUAACUGACUGAUUGACUGACUGUAGUUUUGUUAGAUAAUGUGAAUGCAAACAAGAAGAAUACUAGUGCUAUAUAUUACAUGCGUCACGCCGUGGUGUAAAGCAAUGCUUUGCGAAUUUUCAGCAUCGAAAGUAUCUUCUUCACUACUGUAUACCUUCCUUUUUUGUAUAUAUUUAUAUGCAAAUAUAGUAAAUAUUUCUAAAAUCUACAUACAUUAAAAUAAUAUAAUAAUUAGUUUUUAGUGUACUAUGUUUAUAUGGAUAUUGUUGUGUGUUGCUUAAAAAACAAUAAUAGUGCGAGUAAUAUGUGUAAAUACACUUGAAUAAAUAUUUUAAAGCGUUGAACAGCGCGCACAAUGGCAUAUUUUGAACGAAAACAAAAGAAAAACAUGUGUUAACCACAUUCAGUGCGGCUGAGUUGGCUGGAGAUAAAAUGUUAAAGAAAUUAUCAAUACAUUUGAAUACAUUUCCAUUUAAAUCAUAUGAAUUUGUACUUUUACUUUAGCUAGAUUUGCUUUUUGGAAUUGUACGGACCAUAAUUAAAGCAUAAGUUUGGACAUUUAUUUUUUGUGGUUUCAAAUAGAGUAUUAAAAGUCUCGUUUUAGCGAAGGAACAGUUCGAAAGGCGCAAUUUUAAUUUUUUUCUUACCUUAAAGAAAACUAUUUUUCAGACAUAUCCUUUACUUAAAAAAUAAACAGUUAUUUAUUAGCAAAGCGGUUGCUGGUAUAAAAGUGGACGAUAAUGCUAGCUUUCAGGCAUUUGUUUUUUGCGUUUUAGUAGCGCAACUACAAGCCAAGGUAAACUCUAAGCCAGGGAACAAUUUUGAGUUUACUCAACGUGAAAAAAUUAAAAAUUCGAAUGGUUUACAUUAUAUAUUCGUUAUAGGCGAUGAAUGUAGCAAGAAAUUGCAUAUUAUUAAUUAUAUUUUUUAAAGAAGUUUAAUAGCUUGAAAUCGGAUAUUUAUUUCCUUUUGUAUUUGUAUAUGAAUUGUAUUUAUUUUUGUUUUUAAUUAUUCAAUAUUGAUAUCUGCCAGCAUUCACGUUUCACAACGCCACACGUACGUAUGAAUUUAUGUAUUUUAUAUUAAAAAAUUAUAUUAAAAAGUAUGCGCAUACAUGCAUACAUAUACAUAUAUAGUAUGAAUACCAGGAUUGGAAACAGAUUUGUUUUAAAAAGAUCGAAAAUGUCUUAAGAAAUACAAAAAUAAAUGCGUUUAUUACCGCCUUAUGUAUGUACGUACAUUCGUUAUAAUUUUACAUAAGAAAAUAUGUGAAAAACAUACAUAUAACUGUACAUAUUUACGAAUAAAUAUUUCAACAUAUGUGCCGCUCGUUUUUACUGCUCUAAUGUCUACUUUUUUAUGAGAUAAAGCAAACUUUCUGUACAUAUACACUUUAUAGCUUAGAAAUAUGGGUUUAAUGAAUAAUAAUUAAAGUAACUAAACUAAGAGAAUUUAGUAAUAAAUAGCUAAAAUAUUCGAUAUAAUAUAUUCAAAGAACGUUUGAAACAGUUUCAAAACUGUAUGCACACUUUUAAACUUAUAGUAUUCAAUUACUCGAAGCUUGUAUGCAGGAGCAAGAAGCGCGCUUAAAGUGCCAGCUGGUGAAAAAGAAAACAAAAAUAACAAAAAAAAAACUCUAAAUGGAAUUAAAACGAACUAAAAAGAAAUAGCAGUAACGUAAAACGGAAAAACAGUUUGCAUGUGACGUUUAACGGUGAAAUCUUAGACUAUAUAAUGCAUUGAAAACUAAGUACUAAAUGUUUGUAAUUAUUACUGGAGAUAACAACUCUUUCCUACACAAUAAAAAACAUGAAGAAUAUUAAUAAUUAUAAAAUCGUUUGCCACGAAUUAGUAUAAUAAGCAGUCUUAAAAAUUCGAACUAUAUUUAAAAGCAAAAAGUAAUAUACAUAUUUAUGAAUAAGUGAGAUCUUUGUAAAAAUUUCCAUUGAAAAUCAUACUUCUGCGACAUUGAAAACAAUCAAAAUAAAAACGUUAACGAUAUACGCGUACGCCCAACGUAACAUAUAACACAUACAUAAACACACACACAUACACACACUUGCAUACGUUCAUAAAUAAAUAGAAAGCAACUCUUGCAACUGUAAAAAGUGCACUAUUUUCUCCUUCGAUUCUUCUUUUAACUUCCUUCAACGUUUAACAAUACCGUUAUUAAUUAAAGGAGAUGUGAAUAUUUUAUAUUUAAAUAUACUUGUAAGACGUAACCAUUUGAAUGUAUAUAAUAAUAAUAUUUUAAUUUGCUAAGCCUUCAAUAUACAUACAUAUGUACCUAUGUACACCAGUAUAAUAUUAUAUAAUAAAUGUAUACAAUUUGCCUAAUAUUAUAAAAUAUGAAUGAAACGCCAAUAAUACAUACAUACAUGCAUAGUUAUAACAUAAAUAUUUACUUACGAUUGUACGAAUUGAAUUUUUGAGCAUAAAAGAAAAGCGCCUAUAAAAUAAAACGCAUCGUAACUUUGCAAUUCAUUCAACAAAAAAAGCGAAAUAAAAUAAAUUGAAAUUUUUUAUAAACACA